AUGUUUCGCAUAACACAAGAGGGAGGAAUUCGGAACGGCCAGCUCGGUUUUAAUAUAAACGUGGCCAACAUCAUAACAGGGAUCUCCAUUGCGACUGGUCAGGAUGUCGCAGCGGUUGCUGAAGGGCCUUGGGCUCAUCUGACUCUGGAGUAUGACCAUGAGUCUCGCCAGCUGAGAUUGACUCUUUAUUUCCCAUAUCUACCGGUUGGCACUGUUGGUGGAACCGCAUAUGAAACAUAG